AUGGCUCGAUUUUGCAAAUCCGAUAAAUUGUUAAUAAACCACAGGGAACUAAAAUACAUAUGCCUGUUUUACAUAAUUUUGUUAUUUUGUUUUUUUCUUUGGUGUAUAUUUAAGAAGUAUCAUGAGAAUAGAAUAAAUAGAAAACAUAAAAGGAAAGGUAGUGAUAGUAGUCCUAAAAAUGAGAAGACUGAAUUUUUUAAUUAUAUAUAUGAAUCUUAUAAUGAUAAUGAUGAUGUGAUAAUUAGACAAGAAGGAUAUAAAAAUAGUUUGUGUGGAUUUCUUCUUAAGAAUAUAUCUAUAGUAUUAUAUUUGUUAACACAUUUUAUUAUUAUAUUAUUAAUAGGAAAUGAAUAUUGUAUAAAAGAAAAUGGUGAAAUAUUAUGGAAUGAUAGGGCUUUUGUAUUUUUUAUAUUUUUAUUAUUAUGUUUUAUUAUAACAUAUGGUAUAUUAACCGUUAGAAAACACAUGCACAGCUUUUUUAUAAAACCAUCCCUUUUAAAAGAUAGUGAUUAUGUUUUAGUUUAUACGAAAAAUGAAGAUUACACAUAUUCAUAUAAAAAUAUAUUUAAAGAAAGCUAUAUAUAUAUUACAAAUGUUUUUAUAAAAUGGAAUAAAAGAAUAUAUAAAUAUUCUUGUAAAUAUAUCAAGUUAUUGCAUUAUUAUCAAAUGAAGGCAAAAUCCUUUUUUUUCUUUAUUUCUACAGAUAAAAAAAAAAAAAAAAACGAUUAUAUAACAAAUUCAUAUGAUGAUGAUGAUGAUAUUCAAAAUAAAGAUAACAACAAUUAUUAUUAUUCAAAUAUAUAUAAAAAGAAUUCAUAUUAUAAUAACUCGUUUCAUAAAAAAAGUAUAUCAAACCAAUAUUCUAAUAAGAGGCUAAGUCGUAACUCUGUGUAUACAAAAAAGGUAUUAAGGGACCAAGAAAAUAAUUUAGGUUAUUAUGAGCAAGAUCAAAAUGAAAUAAAUAAAAUGAAUAGUAUAGAUAAUAUAUAUAAUAUAGAUGGUCUAAAUGUAAUAGAUCAAGGAAAUGAUAAAAAUUAUGAUAAUGAAGAAAAAGAAAUAAAUGAAAAAUAUUCCUUUAAUAAAAAUGUUGAAUAUGGUGGUGAAUAUGGGGAUGAAUAUGGCGAUGAAUAUGGUGAUGAAUAUGGUGAUGAAUAUGGUAAUAAAUAUGAUGAUGAAUAUGGUAAUAAAUAUGAUGAUGAAUAUAGUGAUGAAUAUGGUAAUAAAUAUGGUAAUAAAUAUGGUAAUAAAUAUGAUGAUAAAUAUGAUGAUAAAUAUGAUGAUAAAUAUGAUGAUAAUAUUGUAUGGGGAUCAAAACGAUUUCCUAAUAAAAAAAAAAAGAAAGGGAAAAAAAAACGAAAAAAUCAAAUGGUUAGAAACCAGAAAAAUAAUAGAGAAUAUAUAGAAAAUAAUCUCAAAGUACAUAAAGUAAAAGUACGAAUUAACGAAAAAAAUGUUAGAUAUUUUUUUUUUAGAAGUAUGAAAUAUGUAUAUAAUGAAGAAAAAGAUGGUUUUUAUAAUAUAUCACAUAGUAUAGAAGAGAAAGUAAAAAAUCUUGAUUUUAAUUAUAUUUUAAAAAAAGGAGGUUUAAAUAAUAAUGAAAUUAUUAAUAAUAUUAAUGAAUAUGGAUAUAAUAAUAUCCAUUUAGAAUUUUAUUCUUUUUUUAAGAAUUUAAAAAGAGAAUUAUUAGAUGGAAUAUAUAUGUUUCAAUUAUUUAUUAGUUAUAAAAAUUUUUUCUGGAAAGAAAUUAUAACAUCCUUAAUUUGGAUGAUUAUAUCCUUAUUAAGUGUAAUUAAAAAGAUAUUUAAAAAUCAAAAAAAUAAAAAAGAAAUAUAUGAAAAUAUACAAGCAAAUAAUAAUACAUUUGUAACGGUUUAUAGAAAUUCAAUAGUACAACAAAUACCAUCAAAUAAUUUAACUAUAGGUGAUAUAAUAAUUAUAAAUUCAAAAAUGACCUUACCGUGUGAUUGUUUAUUAUUAACAGGAAAUGUAUUAGUAGAUGAAAGUUUAUUAACAGGCGAAUCUCGUCCUAUGAAAAAAAUAUGUUUAUCAUCUUCCAAAGCAAAUUCGUUUAAUUCUUAUCAUACCACAUCGAACGAAAGGAACACGCAAAAUAGUAAAAAUGAUAAAUAUGAUAAAUAUCAAGAGGACCAGGAGAAUGAAGAUGAGGAUGGGGAUGGGGAUGAGGAGGAUCAUUCAAGUAUACACAUAGAUAAGAAGAAGAAGAAAAAGAAGAAGAAUAAAAAAAAAAAAAGUCAAAUAAAUAAUGGUUCCAAAAAAUAUGUAGACACACAAAAAAUGGAUAAUAAUGAUAAUAAUAUAUAUAAUAAUGAUAAUAAUAAUAAUAAUAAUAUAUAUAAUAAUGAUAAUAAUAAUAAUAUAUAUAAUAAUAAUAAUAUUGAUACUUAUGAUGAACCAUAUGAGCAUACACCAUUUCGUAAACAAAAUAAUGAUAAUAAAAAAUGUAGUGUAAAUAACUUCAAUACAAAUAAUAUUUUAUAUGCCGGUACAGAUGUUAUAUCUACUCUUAAUUUUACAGAAAACAUUUAUGCUAUAGUUAUAAAUGUAAGUAUAUAUACGUAUAAAGGUAAAUAUAUGCAAAAUGUAUUAUUUCCAAAUCCAUUACUUUUUAAAUAUGAUUCACAAUUACCCAUUGUAUUUAUAUUUACUAUAAUGUUUAGUUUUGUUUGUUUAUAUUUCCAAAUACGUUAUUUAGGUCUAAAUAUGACUUCUAUUUUUUAUACUAUCGGUACCCUUUCUCAAAUAUUACCAGUUUGGACACCUGUUGUCUUAAAUAUAGGUCUUAAUAUUUCAACUAAUAGAUUGAAAAAAGAAAAAGAUAUUUGUUGUAUUGCACCAUCCAGAAUUCCUAUAUGUGGAAAAAUCCGUGUCUUUUUUUUUGAUAAAACUGGGACCUUAACAGAUCAUAAAAUCGAAUUUUCAGGAGUUCAUUUUUGUAAUAAUAUUCUAAAUGAAAAGAAAAAAAGUAUAUCCAAUUCUGUUCAUAAUAUCUAUCCUAAUAAAUUAUUAUUAGAUGAUGAUCUUAAACAAAUUAAAAAUCAAACUAGUUUAUUAAACGUAAGUAAAACUCUCAAAUCUAUAUUCACAAAGGGUGCAAAAAGUAAUGAAAAGCAUAAACAACUACCUAAAGAUAUGAAAAAGGAAGCACAAAAUAAAGGAUAUCAAAUAGAUUCUGUAGAAGUCAAUAAUUUUAUGCUUGAAAAUCAUGUAGAUAUUCCUCCUAUUGAAAAUAAGGAAAACAAUGAAUAUAAUAAAAUACAUACUGUAGAUGAUGUAACACUUAACCAUGAUAAUGUGUUACAUCAUAUCGAUAGCUUGAUGCCUAAUCAUGAUAAUAAUAUACAUACUCAUCAUGAUCACGUCCUUUAUAAUAAUAAGUACAAUAAUGAGUCUUCAUUAAAAUCACCGAAUUCGUUUCAGACUAUGAAAGGUCAUAUGCCCAUGAAUAAAAAUGAAUAUAACGCAUUACAAGAAAAAAGGGAACCCACACAUAAUAAUAAUAAUGACAAUAAUAAUGAUAAUAAUAAUGAUAAUAAUAAUGAUAAUAAUAAUAAUAAUGAUAAUAAUAAUAAUGAUAAUAAUAAUAAUGAUAAUAAUUAUAAUUAUAUUUAUGCUAUAGAAGAUAUACGUAUGGAUUCAAUGGAUAAUACCAAUGCCAAUGAUACAUAUAAUGAUGAAAAAGAAAACGAAAUAUAUGACGAAAAACAAAACAAUGAUGUGCUUUAUAAUUUGAACGAAAAAGAACAACUUAUUGAUGGUAAUAAUAUGAACGAAAUAAAAAAAAAUAUCUAUAAAGAACAUUUCGAAAAUUAUAAUACAAAUGAUGAACCUAAUACUGAAGAGAAAAUUAAUAUGGAUAAUUAUGAGGAGCUUAAUAUUUUUUCUUCUGAUAAAAAUGAGCAAAAUAACAAAAAUGAGGAUAAUAAUAAUAAUAAUAAUAAAAGCAACGACCAUAAUAAUAACGACAAUAAUAAUGACCAUAAUAAUGACCAUAAUAAUAACGACAAUAAUAAUGACCAUAAUAAUGACCAUAAUAAUGACCAUAAUAAUGACCAUAAUAAUAACAACAAUUAUAAUAACGAAUUUAAUUAUAAUUAUAACGAUAACCAUCACCUCCAAUAUGUAGGUAUUGAUGGAGUUCGUGAAGAUUCAUUUGUCAUGGAUCAAAGAAAUAUACAAAACGAUUAUGAUGAAAAAAAUAGUAAUGAUAAUCAUACAUAUAAUACCUCAUUUGAUAUUAGCAAUGCUCAUAACCAUUACCAUAAUAGUAAUAAUAAUAAUAAUAAUAAUAAUGUUGAUUAUGUGAAUUAUGAUUAUAAUAAUCAUGCAUAUGAAGAUAGAAAUACACAGAACAAAUAUUUUAAUGAAUCUAAUUCUUCCAUGAAUUCUAUAACGUCACUACUUUAUAAUAGUAAAUUAAUGUGGACUAAUAAAGUUACUCUUAAUAAUACACCUUCUAAUUAUCAUUUAUUAAUAUAUGCGUUAGCAGGUUGUUCUUGUGUUUAUUAUGAUAACAAUAAUAUUUAUGGGAAUGAAAUAGAUAAAAGGUUAUGUGAAGCUACAGAAAUGAAAAUUACAAACUAUAUAAAUGAUGAUAAUGUGAAUAUUAAAAAAAUUUCUUUAAAAAUUAAUAAUAAUACAUAUAAAAGUUUUGAUGUAUUAAAAACAUACGAAUUUGAUUAUUAUACCAAAAUAUCAACAACCUUAACAUAUGGUAAUUUUGAUUUUAAAGAAAAAAAAUAUAUUGUCUUUUCUAAAGGUUCAUUUGAUAAAAUUUACAUGAAAUGUAUUAAAAAUGAAGAACUUUAUUUUUUUAAAAAAAAAGAACAAGAAUAUAGUAAAAAUGGUUUUUAUGUUAUAGCUUUAGCAUUCAAAAUUAUUAGUAAUAUGAAAUAUGAACAUAUAUUAGAUUUACCUAGACAACUCUUAGAAAAGGAUAUGAACUUCUUAUCUCUAAUAAUGUUUAAUAAUCAUAUAAAAAAAGAUGCAUCUAUGGUUAUACAAACACUAAAAGGAUCUUCCAUAAGACCUGUUAUAUUAACAGGAGAUAAUGCAUAUAAUUGUUUAUAUGUUGGUAAUAAAAUAGGACUAUUUAAUAACGUCAAUUUUUAUGAAUCUUUCUUUUCACUUAAUAUGAAUUCAAAUAUAAAUGAUAAAUAUAUAAAUAAUAAAUAUAUAAAUAAUAAAUAUAUAAAUAAUAAAUAUAUAAAUAAUAAGAAUAAGAAUAAUAUAUAUCUUAACAAAUUAAAUACUAACAAUCAUUUAUCAAAUAUUAAAAGCAUAAAUAGUAGUAUACAUUCCAACAUGUCCAAUAUGGAACAUAACGAUGAUGAAAUGAAACAUUCACCCAAAUCUCCUGCGUCCAAAUUUUUGUCCUUUGAAAAUUUUUUUAAAUCCGGAAAAAAAAAAAAUAAUAAAAAUAAAAACAAAACAGACAAUGAAAAUAAUUAUGAGGAUGAUAAUGUAAUGCAUAACCAAUCGGAUUAUCAAUAUGAUCAUUUAUUAACACCAGACACACAACAUUUAGAUAGUUUUAAAAAUAACGAAACUCAAAAAAAACCAAAACAUAUUUAUGAAAGUAUAGACAAAUCUCAAAAAAUAAAUGAAACAUACAAAUAUAUUCCUGAAAAUGCUGCUAAUUAUACUACUUAUUCAGAAUUUAAUUCUAAAUAUGAUCAACAUAAGUAUGAUAUGGAUAAUGAAUUUAGUAAUGACGAAAAUUCAGCUUUAAUACCUCAUCACUUAAAGGAAAAAAAUAAAAGAAAUAAGAAAAAAAAAAGUCAUAUUAUUAACACAUUAAUAAAUGAUAAUAUUAGUGAUAAUGAAGAUAAUUCCCUAUAUUCUCAAAGUCCUAUUUUUUUCAAUGAACAAAAACUUUCCAUUUCUAUUAUUAACGAAGAAGAAGAAAAAUCGGAUGAAAAUAUUAUCGUCUAUGGAUAUCUAUUAAAUGAUGAACUUAUCUUUGUUAAUGUACAUAACGAAAAAAGAAUUAAUAAAAAUGUUGUAUUAUUUAAAGAUAUAUAUAAAGAAAUAAUAUUAACUGGGGAAGCUUAUACAUUUAUUAGAUAUAACGUUUUUCAAAUUAAAACACCAGAUGAAGAUUUUGAUUGUGAAGAACUUGAAGAAUAUAAAAAUUUCUUAUUAAGAAUUAGAAUUUUUUCAAGAUUAACACCAAAUAAUAAAAUAGAAGUUAUACGAGACUUUAUAAAAUUUGAUUAUAUAUCUGGUAUGUGUGGUGAUGGUAGUAAUGAUUGUGGUGCUUUAAAAAUUUCACAUGCAGGUUUAGCAUUAUCUAAUUUAGAUACAUCUGUAGUUUCACCAUUUAGUAGUAAAAACGAAAAUUUAAAAAGUGUUAUAGAUAUAUUAAGAGAAGGAAGAGCUUGUUUAGUUACAUCUAUUAAUUGUUAUAAAUAUAUGCUUCUAUAUGGUUUUAUGAUUUCUUUUAUUAAAAUACUUUUAUUUAUGAAUGCACAUGCAGUUAUGUCAGAAUAUGGAUACUUAUUCUUUGAUAAUGUUAUUUUAUUAUUAUUAGCCAAAUCAAUGACUUUAUCAAAACCUGCAUGUAAAUUAAAAACACAAACACCAACAUCAAGUAUUAUAGGUGCUCAAACCAUAUUAUCUUUAUUAUGUACACUGCUUGUUAAUUUCUUCUUUUUAUAUUCUAUCAUAUUUUAUUUCUUACCUAUUAAUAAUCUACCUUCAUCUUACCAAGCAAAUAGUUCAGCACCUAAAUCAUCAUGGUGGUUAAUGAGUGAUAAUUAUGAAAGUUUCCUUGCAUGUAUUUGGUUUUGUUUUCAAAUAGUAAACAGUGCAUUGAUAUUAACAUUUGGUGGAAAAUACAGGAAACCAAUAUUUACAAAUUAUACAUUUAUGGCGUAUUACGUUUUGAUAAAUAGCUUUUUAUUUUAUUUAACCGUUGGAGGGCCAAACAGGUUAACAUGCUUAUUUCGUAUGAAUUGUAAUGAUGAAAUUUCAAAAAUUACAAAAUUCAAAUUUCUAGAAUUAAUAUCUUAUUCAGCUAGCGGUUUAAGUUUUUAUGGACCUCAUGGACAUAACAUUCUAAGUACAGGUCUAAAAAUAAAAUUUUUACUUCUUAACUUUAUAAAUAUAGCAGUCAAUAUAUUUAUUUCCAAAUAUAUCUUGUGUGAAUCGCUAUAUAAUGUAGUGCGUAGAUUUUUUAAUUUUCAAAAUAGAAAGGUUCCCAUAUAA